AUGAGGAUAUUGGGACAGCCCCAGGGUGCACGAAGACGUCUGGAUUUAAAUCCCACUGGUGAAUUUAGGAGUGUGGAGGUGGUUCGUGGGCGGACAGGAUAUGGAUUUACCAUUUCGGGACAGGGGCCGUGUCGCUUAAGUGGCAUUCUUGAUGGGAGCCCUGCAGAUCAGGUGGAACUAAAGCAGGGGGAUUGUAUCAUGAGUGUCAACGGUACUGAUGUAUCCAAUAUGUCACAUGAAGCUGUGGUGCGGUUGAUUGGCACCUGCAAAGGGCCCUUGCGGUUGGUUGUUCUUACUGAAGGCCAGGGCAUGGGAAGCCCCAUCCUUAGUGAUGCAGAAUAUGGGAUUAGUGAAAGAAAAGGACUUUUCCAGAAGGCUGAAGUCCUCCGCACCAUCUCAGACCAUUCUGGCCAUUCCUCCUGUAACUUGGGUCAUGCAAUCCAAGUCAAGCAGAGGCCCAUUUCAGAACCUGACAUGUCCCACUGGUCACAGCAGUUGGACUGCUUAGCUGAGCAGCCAAAGGAAGAAACUGCCAGAGACACAGACUCUGUCUUUACAGACCAGGAAGAGGGUCAGCCAGACUGGAGUGCUCUAAAAAUGACCAUGGUGGUAGGCUACCUGAGCUCCACAGAACUGAUUUUGAAUUCUAUUCAAUCAGAGGAAGACUGCCUACAGGCCAUCCGUGAGCGAAUACGGCAGUUGGGUACAGAGCAGGACACCCAUACUCUGGUAAUGAUGAAGAUCAUGUUUGAUUGCAUCCGUCUCUGUGAUGACACCGGAGCUGUUUUGGCUGCAUUCCCUGUCGAGAAUCUGGUCUUGGGGGCUGUUUGUGCUGAGGAUACCCGCUUCUUUUGCCUGGUCACCACGGCACACAUAUGCAAUGGCCGCAUCCCAGAAGACUGUCCUCUCAGGGCCUCCUGCCAUGUGUUUUUUAUUGACCCUGAUCUGGGCCACCAUGAUGACCAUGUGGGCAUUGCUGGCCGCUUUGAGUUUGACUGCACUCCAGACCCAGAUGCCUUGGGCUGUCUGGAGUUCCCUCACACUCCCCCAGAUGUCCUCCAUUUUGUGUCUGUCCUGUACAGUGACAUGGGAGAGGCUGUGGAGAGGCUUAGGGUCAAAUUAGAUAUGGAAGCCCAGCAGCAAGCCCGGGAGAAUGGCAGCACCGGCAAACAAGGCAGUGCCAGCAGUAAUGGAGACAGUGGAAUUGGUAAUGCUUCCCCCCCUGAGGCGAGAGCCGACAGGGAUUUUCCUGUUGCUAUCGGAAACAACCCGGGGGACCACCUCCCCAGCUGUCCAUGGGAUUAUCCACCGGCUGAAGACCUUCCCCCUAAAAACCUUGUCCAGAAUGGCCAAAACUUAAAUCUUAAUCCAGGUAGCAGUGUUAGCUCAAAUUCCCUUUCGGAGUCUCUGCCUGGCCCAGACUCUCUGGCCAGCCUGUAUGGAGGCCCCCCGCCCCGGCUUGAGUUUCAAUUCAAGCCCCCGCCACCGCCUCUACCACUGGAUAAAAAGCAGAACUUCUUGGGAGGUCCCCUCAGAAGCACCCAGAGGUGGUUCUCUAAGACAAAGCGGCCCAAAGGUCACAGCGGUGACCCCGAGAACCAGGCAGUCUUCAGUAACAACUGGUCCUCCAGUAUUAGCCUUAGCACCAACACUAAUGUCCUGCUACCCCACAUGAGCCAGAUCUCUUCACAAAAGUACCAGUCAGCAGACGCCUUGAUGCUACCUCCCAGGGAAGAAUGGACCCAACACUUCCUUGAACAGAGCGGGAAGCAGGCGAGGGAAGGCAACAACAAAGGCUCCAGGUUUUGGGGAAAGGGUGGGGUCCGCGCUUCAGGCCGUCGCCGCUCCAAGCGUCUCAGCAUGGCUCGAUCACUGGAUGACCUAGAGUCUGCUGCUUCUUCAGAUGGUGACUACGGCGGUGAGGUGGUGGUGGUGGUGGGGGUGCAGUUGCAGGGCUGCUGCAGCCAGAGCAGUCUGAACAGUAAUGGCAGCCUUCCGGGGGCAGGAAGUCAUCGGAGGCUUUCGGACCGGCGUGUGGCCAGUUGGGCCGCCUGUUUUGAGCGUCUCCUCCAGGACGCCGUGGGUGUGCGCUAUUUCUCGGAAUUUCUCAAGAAGGAAUUCAGUGAAGAGAAUAUCUUGUUCUGGCAAGCCUGUGAAUACUUCAGUCAUGUUCCUGCAACUGACAAAAAGCAGUUGUCCCAGAGAGCGGCAGAGAUCUACAACAGUUUCCUGUCCAGCAAGGCCACAACGCCUGUCAACAUCGACAGCCAGGCUCAGCUGGCGGACGAUGUCCUCACCUCUCCGCGGCCUGACAUGUUCAAGACUCAGCAGCUACAGAUAUUUAACCUGAUGAAGUUCGACAGCUACUCGCGGUUCCUCAAGUCCUCCCUGUACCAGGAGUGUAUGCUGGCUGAGGUGGAAGGCCGUCCCCUCCCGGACCCUUACCAGAUCCCCUGUAGUCCGGCCCCGUCCAAACACAGCGCCAGUUCCGACCGCUCCACCCUCUCCACACCUAAAAAGGUACAACCACAGGAGGCCAGGAAGCAGAGGUCAGGGAGGUCACUUACCGAAGACUCCAGAGACGAGAGCGCUGAUAAGAAACGUGGGAUCUUCUUCUCCUGGUCUCGAAACAGGAGCUUUGGGAAGGGCCCAAAGAAAAAGGACAUCGGAGACAUUAACCUUGAUUACUGGGGCAGUAAUGGGCGGAGAGAAUCCCAAGGUUCCUUGUCUUCUGGUACAAGCCUUGAGAUGGCCAAUUCCGGCUCUGCUGGCAAGAUUGAGUCUGACAAUCGGCACUCCGUGGCGGCGUGGGAGCGGGUGCGAGAGUGUUCGCCCAAGCACUGCAGUGUGACUUUACCUGACGGCUCCUGCUCUUCAAUCACCCUGAAGCCCGGAGCCUCCAUCAGGGAGGUCCUCCGAGAUCUCUGCCAAAACAUUAAUGUCAACAUGGCUGCCGUCGACCUCUUUCUGGUGGGAGGGGAGAAGCCUUUGGUUUUGGACCAAGACUGCAUGACGCUCUGCUCCAGAGAUCUGAGACUGGAAAGACGCACUUUGUUCAGACUGGACCUGGUACCUAUUAACCGAUCAGUGGGCCUGAAAGCCAAACCCACUAAACCGGUCACCGAGGUCCUGCGACCUGUGGUGGCCAAAUAUGGCCUCCACCUCAAUGAUCUGGUGGCCAAAAUAAGUGGAGAAACCGAGCCUUUGGACUUGGGCGCCCCAAUAUCAAGCCUGGAUGGCCUGCGUGUCGUAUUGGAUCGAGCGGACCAAGCCUCAGGGAAAGACAAGUCCAAGUCGUGCUCCUUAAAAGGCCACCCACCAACUAGGAGCCUCUCUGCAACAGGUGAUGAGAGGUCGUCACAAAAGGACUUUUUUGGGAGAGCAGGCGGACCAGACGCAGCGCUCCCAGGGGAAAAGAGAAAACAGAAAAAGAUUAAUAUAGAUGAAGCUGAAGAAUUCUUUGAGCUGCUGAGCCGCGCGCAGAGCACCCGAGCCAAUGACCAACGCGGACUCCUGAGCAAAGAAGACCUGGUGCUUCCUGACUUCUUGCGUCUGGCUCCUCCCACCUCCUCCUACUCCGCCUCCACUGACCUGGCAUGCUCCACCCCUGGCAACAAGUCACAUGGCCCGGAGGUAGGAAGAGAGAACGUUUCCCCGCGCGGCCCUCUCUGCUCCAGCCUGCGAUCGGAGAGCCUGGACUCCUCCCUUAGUUCCAGUGCCAACGGACACUCUGCUGGGACCAGGAGAGCUUUACUGCCCCCUUCACGCCACCCGUCCUUCGGGUCCCACCUGUCCCCUAUCCCCCGGCCCUCCGAGCCCCGGCUGGGCCUCCGGACCGUGGAAGAGGACUGCCACGGCGCUGACCUUACCCUAAUAGGGGAGGGUGAGAUCAGCAGUCCUAACAGCACCCUGCUGCCCCCCACGCCUGCCCCGAUGUCGUCCUUCGAAGGCAGCCUGCCAGAAGCCAACUUCACCCCACCGCCACCCUGCUCCCAGUCUCAAGACGCAAGCAGAAAGGGGGAGUCUAGCUCAGAGACGAGAGCCGGCGCAUGUUGCUCCCGCACGGACGGCCUCUCCGCGGAGGUGCAGCCCCCCCAGGCGGGUCAGGAGGUGAUGGAUGUGGAGGGGGUCCAUCUGGAGGAGGGGGUGUCGGACUCAUCCCGGGCAGAGGACUCUGAGCUCAGCCUGAGCUUUCUCGGGUACGCGGCGGAGCUGCGGCAGUGCCAGAGCAAGAUGAGGGAUGCCCAGAUGCCCCAUGUGGGUGGCAACCCGCCGGAGGGCAAAGACUCCAAGAUGGACCUCUAUAAGGCCACGGUGGUCUGA